UCUUGUUUGUGGUGUUUGAGAUAUCGAUGGCAAUUUUAUUUCACCGAAAAGCACAAUGUAUUGGGGGAAUAAGCAAACUGAUGACAUUGGCAAGGCAUAUUUGCGUAGAGAGGCUACGCCUCACUUCACCUCAUCUCACCUCUUACAACACAUAAUACCUAACAUCAAGGGUUCCAUUUCACACAACGUAUAUACUGGUGAUUUUAUCAUGCCUAAUUCCCAAACAGACUUGAGAGUUUUAUUUAGUUUUUUUGUCUUUUUUCUCAUUUAUUGUACACUGGUAAAAUGGAGAAGGAACCAUAAGCAGAAGCCUGGAAGCUUAGAAGAUUGCUAAGAGAAACCAAAUCACAGCAACAUUUGCGUUGCGUUGUUCCUCAGAAGAUUAUUCAAAAUUGUACAUCUUGGUUUGAAUUUAUUUGUCUACUGCUUCUACGAGUGAUUUUAGUUGAGUCUGUUCAGAACAGUGCUCAAACACAUCACAUCGAGAGAUGAAGGCGACUCACUCUGUCCUCCUCUUUGUGGCUUUAGCAGGAGCAGCCACUUGUCAGUUAGUGAGAAAAAAUAUUUUUGUGGGCAAACUGUCGUCCUGGAGUGAUGCUCAGACAUACUGCAGGACGUAUUAUGAAGACCUGUCGACCAUUAACACAUCAUGGGACUUUCUAAAGUUCAAAAAAGAUGCAGCAGUGCAUCUUUCUAAGGAAUGUUGGGUCGGCCUUUAUAAGAGUUCAGAAGCAAUGGUCUAUACUGAGUGGUCUGAUGGAAGCCCUUUAGGACUUACUUUGUGGAAACUUGGCGAACCAAAUGUCAUGAACAAUUAUGGCUGUGUGACUAUACAAAAUAUGGAAUUGUCUACUUAUAACUGUAGACAACUUCUGAAGUUCUUCUGCUACAAAUGGGUGCCCCAGAUGGUCUUGGUGGAGAUGAUGAUGAACUGGGAAGAGGCACUGCAGUACUGCAGAACACAUUACACUGACCUGGUAAGUGUGCCCACCGACAAAGACCUGCAAGUGGCCAAAUCGACGAGCAUGACCAGUCAGACUCCCAGAGUUUGGACAGGCUUGCGCUACAUGGAUGGCUCAUGGUUCUGGGUGAAUCAGGAUCCUCUGGGGAACGUGACCUCGGUUCCCUCAUGCCCCAUGAGACCUUUCCAUUGUGGAGCUCUAAGUGCUGGAGAUGAUGUCUGGGAGAACAGAGACUGCAAUGAGAAAAUGAACUUCCUUUGCAACUCCUAAAAAGGGUCUCUGCAAUCGAAAAAUGGGACCAGAUGGAACAACAAAGAAGAAGAAGACACUGGCCUAUAUAAUGCAUGUCAAUCUGUUAUAUUUUGUCUAGAUUCAGGUUUGUGUGGUAGCAGCCAGAACUAAUGAUUUACAGAAAUCAUUAAAUAUUUAUCCUAUUAUUGUCUGGUAGAUAUGAUACAUGAUAUAUUUCAUAACAAUAGUCUCAUAUAAACAUUUUAGUAGCACCUGUAAGAAUC